UAUUGAUCUAGAAUUAACAAAAUGUAUGCCUAUGCCAAAUAUGAAUUUACCUAAUAUAAUUGAAAAGCAAAAUUUAACAACCGGUUCAAUAACAUGGACAAAUAUUGAAUCAUUAAAAAAAUUAACAAAAUUACCAAUUAUUUGUAAAGGUAUACUUUCAACAAUUGAUGCACAAUUAGCAAUUAAACAUGGUGCAGAUGGAAUUCUUGUUAGUAAUCAUGGUGGACGACAAGUUGAUACAGCACCUCCAGCUAUUGAAUGUUUACAAGAUAUUAUUAAUGUUGUUAAUGGACGUGCACAAGUAUUUGUUGAUACGGGUAUUCGAACAGGAACUGAUGUAUUAAAAGCACUAGCAUUAGGUGCACAAGCUGUUUUUAUUGGUCGACCAGUUUUAUAUGGAUUAGCUUGUGGUGGACACGAUGGAGUUAAAACAGUAUUAAAUAUAUUAAAGCGUGAAUUAAUUUACGAUAUGGCUUCUUGUGGAAUAACAUCAAUCGAUCAAAUUAAUAAAGAUGUUCUUUAUAAACAUACAUAA